AAAGUAAGUGUCUUUUGUAAUGGGAAAAGCUUCACGGUGGUUUAGGAGUCUCUUCGGAGUCAAAAAACCCGACUCGGGUUAUCCGGAUCCAUCCGUCGAGACGCCUUCUCGGUCAACUUCCUCUAAUCCAAAACGCCGAUGGAGUUUCGUCAAAUCCAAACGCGAAAAAGAAACCGCAACAACGAAUCAAGUUCCUCCUACUCCGCCACUACCUAAUUCGACGCCUCCACCUCCGUCACACCUCCAGUCGUCUCCGAGACGACGGCGGAAACAGAAGCCGAUGUGGGAGGACGAGGGAGGUGAGGAUUCGGAUAAGCAUGCGAUUGCGGUGGCUGCCGCGACUGCUGCGGUUGCUGAAGCUGCCGUCGCCGCCGCUAAUGCUGCUGCUGCGGUCGUCAGGCUUACGAGCACGAGCGGGAGGUCGACGCGUAGUCCUGUUAAGGCUCGGUUUAGCGAUGGAUUCGACGACGUGGCGGCGCACGUUAGCAAGUUUUAUGGACACGGCCGUGAAGAACUUGCGGUGAUUAAGAUACAAUCUACAUUUCGCGGAUACUUGGCAAAGAGAGCGUUAAGGGCACUCAAGGGUUUGGUUAGGCUUCAAGCGAUAGUUAGAGGUCAUAUUGAAAGAAAGAGAAUGUCGGUCCAUCUGCGCAGGAUGCAUGCUUUGGUUCGAGCUCAGGCUCGUGUCCGUGCCACUCGGGUUAUUGUCACGCCUGAAUCUUCUUCUUCUCAAUCCAACAACACCAAGUCUUCUCAUUUCCAAAACCCCGGUCCACCAACGCCGGAAAAACUCGAGCAUUCGAUCUCUUCCCGCAGCUCCAAGCUUGGUCAUUCUCAUCUUUUUAAGAGGAAUGGUUCUAAGGCAAGUGACAACAACAGACUUUACACUGCUCACAGAGAAACAUUUUCAGCCACGGACGAAGAAGAAAAGAUUCUUCAAAUCGACAGGAAACACAUCAGUUCUUACACAAGACGCAGCAGACCAGACAUGUUCUACUCAUCCCACCUCAUCGUAGACAAUGGUGGCCUGUCUGAACCAGUUUUUGCCACGCCUUUUAGCCCGUCCUCGUCGCAUGAAGAGAUCACAAGCCAGUUUUGCACUGCAGAGAACAGUCCUCAGUUAUACUCAGCUACUUCUAGAAGCAAACGCAGUGCUUUCACGGCUAGUUCUAUAGCACCAAGCGAUUGCACAAAAAGCUGCUGUGACGGUGACCAUCCAAGCUAUAUGGCUUGUACAGAGUCCUCUAGGGCUAAGGCCCGGUCUGCAAGUGCCCCGAAGUCUCGACCACAGUUAUAUUACGAGCGGCCUUCAUCGAAACGGUUUGGAUUUGUCGAUGUGCCAUACUGUGGUGAUACAAAGUCAGGUCCCCAGAAAGGCUCUGCUCUGCACACUAGUUUUAUGAACAAGGCUUAUCCCGGUUCAGGUCGGUUGGACCGUCUCGGGAUGCCUAUUGGGUAUAGGUACUGAGAAACGUUGUUGGACUAGUUAACCUGGUUUUGUUGUAGAUCAGUGGAUUGAGCUUUGCUGCUAAUUUUCUUGGUUUGGAGCUAAGUGGAUUUAAUCUAAAAUGCAAAUUGAACUUGCUUAAUCAAAAUGUUUGCAUCUC